UAUACCAUCGCCAGACGCCAAUACGUGGUUUUUAAUUGGAUGUGGCAACAUGACAGACAUUCUUAAGUCAUUGCAAAAUAAUGAACAAUUGGAAAAGGUGUUAUAUGAACUUCUUGGUCAACUAGCAUCCCCCACAGAUACAAAUACUGAUGGAAAAGAAAAAAAAUGUGCACACUCUAAUGAGGAUGAAACCUCGCCAGUUUGUAAAUCUGUACCUAUAUGGCAAAGUGAUGAUGUUGGAUUUGUUAAGAAUUCAGUUUUUGAUGAUGAAAAGAAAGGAUCCCAAACAACAAAUCAAGACAAUGUGAUUGACUCGACUCUUGGCAGACCUCGUUAUCAAUGGCGCGAUUCCGAACCUGGUCCACGACGUUCUAGUCUCGAUACGACGAAACUUUACUCGGUUUAUGUUGGUCAUCUUCCCAAGGAUAUCACGAAGGGAGAAUUAGAAGAUUUGUUCAGUGACAUUGGCGAUAUUGCUGAUUCGUUUGUCUUCCCACCAUCGAAUGGACACUCUUACACCUAUGGUUUUGUGCGUUUUCAAACUUUGGAGGAAGCCGAGGACGCUGUGAAACAAAAAAACAUGAAAGUCAUUGGAAACAGGCAAAUCAAUGUAGAGUUCUCCGCGUCCACUAGGCGUGAUUUACAGAAUAACUCUGCGAGUGAAGACAACAGGCCGUUGCUGCAAAGAGAAUAUCCAAAAGUUCCUCGACAAUCGCCUUCGGAAAAAGACGAAAAACAAGUGGUAGAGAAACUCAAAGCGAAUUUUCGUCGGUUAAACAGUAAUUUGUCCACAGUUGGUCAUCAAAAUCCGGAGGAAGUUUUCGAGAACUUUAAGGCUAUUUUGAAGAUAUUGAUUAACUAUCCAAUGACACUUGCAGCACCGGUGGCUGAGAUGGGCAAAGUGGAGUCGAAUGACGUUUCCUUGGAAAGUGGCCUUAAAAUCGAUGAGGUAAAACAGCCUGCAAUUCCGUUUGGUAAGGUGGCAAAGCAACAGCAAACCUUGCAAAACAACCAUCCAGCCAGCUCUCAAACAACUAGCUAUCUACCAUCUUUUGCAUCAUCUGCAAAAGAUACAGCCACUGUUGGCAAGGACUAUCUUCCAAAUGCUCGUACUAAGUUGCUACUAACAGAUGAAUUCGCGGAACAAAACACGACUAUGCCACUCCGUCAAACAGCCAGCCAAUUCCGUCAAACAGCUAGUCAACUACCAUCACCUCCACUCGACACUGCAAAAAAUACAACUUGCAUGAACUCUUCCCUUGGUGGAAACAUGCCUCCUGAAUCUGGUGGUCCCCCAUCAAUCACAAAUCAGGCCAGGGAAAAGCAAGAAACCAUUACACAUGAACCUACAAAAUCUACAAGAACUUGCAGUACGAAACCUCUUCUUACUUUGCCUAACCUAGCUACGCCAUUAUUGAUGAAGAGUGGCCUUUUAGAUUGUGAAACCGAGAAAGAAAGUUCAGGAGAAGAUAAUCUAUUGACGGGGUCGGGUUUUAGAGAAUACAACGCACUGUCUGCUUCAAAUUCUGGCGAAGAAAAUGUGUUAGCUAGAUCAACCUUAAGAGAAAAUGAUGCAUUGCAGGAUAAUCUGUUGGUUGCUUUGAGUUCAAGGGAAGACGGGUGCGAGUUCCACCGAUGUCGAGCAACACAUAAACACCUCGUGCAAGUUGAAACCAUCGCUCGGAGAAGUGCGUGGCAAUUCCUACCUAAUUCCUUUGAGUAA